UAAGAAUAAAAAUGUAUUUUUAUUUUAGGAAAGAAGAAAAAUAAACAGAAGAAAGAGGCUGAGUCUGCUCCUGUAGAAGAUGUUGUUCCAUCAAGUGCUGUAGAUGAGUCACCUUCCACUUCUUCAAUGGAUACUGUUAAAGAUGAUGUUGUCACAAGAGCAUGUGAUGAUGACAAUGUUGCUGCAGCAAGUAAACCACCAGCCCCUCCUGUCAGUAAAAAAUCGAAAAAAGGCAAAACUAAAUUCAAACCUAUUGAGACAGCAUUGCCGACAGUAGUGCAGACGAAUAAACCUUAUGAGGAUCGCGGAUCUGGGGAUCACCAGCGACAAACUUCACAAGAAUCUCUGAAACCUAGACAGGAGCAACAAGCAUGGGCCAAAGUGCUACCAACUCCGAAACAGGUGCAGCAAACACUGCAGGUCGCCCAGCAAAUUCCACAAGAGUCUCCGAAACCUAAACAGGAGCAGCAAGAAGCGAGAGGAUGGUCGCAGGUCGGCCAGCAAACUCCACAAGAAUCUGCAAAGCCUAGACAGGAGCAAGCAGCGAGAGGAUGGGCCAAAGUGCUGGCACCUCCGAAACAGGUGCAGCAAACACCUCAGGUCGCCCAGCAAAUUCCACAAGAAUCUCCGAAACCUAAACAGGAGCAGCAAAAAGCGAGAGGAUGGGACAAAUCGGUAACACCUCCGAUACAGUUGCAACAAACACCGCAAAAGCAAAUUCCACAAGAAUUACCAAAACCUAAGCAAGCAGCGAAAGGAUGGUCGCAGGUCGGCCAGCAAACUCCACAAGAAUCUGUACAGCCUAGACAGGAGCAAGCAGCGAGAGGAUGGGGUAAAUCGCUACCACCUCCGGAACAGCAAAGACCGCAAUCUGCAGAGGCUAAACAGGGGCAAGUGACUGGUGCAUGGGGUAAACCUGCAGCAAGUACUAAGGAGCAGGCACCUCCAAAGCCUACAUGGGGUCAAGGCAAUCCAAUGAAACAAGCUGCAGGACCAACUGCAACAGCUCAACCCAGCAAAGGACCAGUAGGACCCAUAAGUUCUACUCCGCAGCAAAAAGGAGACUCAUCGUCUGGCGGCACGAUGGAGAGAUAUCAAUUACCUCCAAUAAAUAUUCCCAACAAUUACGAGUUGUUGGUGGUACCUAAUCAUCCGGGAAAACUUGGUCAGGCCAUUCAAGUAUAUACAAAUCAUUUCCCGCUGUGCACAGGAAAUGUAAAGACUAUAUAUCAAUACGAUAUCAACAUUACGCCGAUGAUGUCGAAGGGCAUACAGAGAAUAAUAAUGGAGAGGGCGAGGUCCGAACACUAUCCGCGAUUUUAUCCGGCGUACGAUGGACGCAAAACUCUGAUUAGUCCGGCGAUGUUGUUCAAGGAAAAGGAAGCUGAGGUUACCUGUGAUUUUACGCGAGUAGUCGCUAUAGGGGACAGGAAGCAGACACAGUUGGAAGAAGAUAUACGCCAACAUUCUAACGCAAUGAUGUCGAAGUCAUAUACUAUUUCGUACAAGGUUGUAGCAACAUUGAAUAUUGACAAUUUCGGGGGUUUCUAUGGCCCGAAAGCAGGCAAAGAAGUAAAGAUUGAGAAUAAGAGCGUUGUCCAUGCUUUGGAACUGGUUUUGAGACACACGAUGUCGAAUGUACACAUUCCAGUCGGACGAUCUAUUUUUUACAAGCCUGAUAAGCAAAUCAUGCUUGGUAGCGUGUAUUGUUUGUACAGAGGAAUAUUCCAGUCCAUAAAUUUGGGCUGCAGUCAAGCUUAUUUGAAUGUAGACGUUGCUAAUAAGGGAUUUCCUAUUCAUGGAUCUAUGGCUCAAAUAUGGGAUACGCAUAAAAAUGAAAGCGGUAGAAGGCAAAUAACUACCAUUGACAAGUGGAUUAAAGGAUUGAGGGUGCUGGUAAAAUAUGUAUCGUCAGAUGGAGAAAAUUCACGUGUUUACAAAGCGUUAGGAUUUGGUACGGUUCCUUCUAAGGAAUUUUUCAAUCUAACGUCAGGCGAAAGUAUGUCUGUUAAGGAUUACUUUCUGAAAGUUAAAAGAGUAAAGUUAUAUAGGGACGAUCUGCCGUGCCUGAAAUGUUCUGCCGGUAAAAAUACUGUGAUGAUACCUAUGGAAAUGUGCACUGUUGUCCCAGAUCAGAUAGUCAACAAGAAGAUGGCCGCUGAUGAGACCAGAGAUAUGAUAGCCCGUUGCGCUACAAAAUCAAAUCAACGAAUGGAAAACAUUAUGCAGAAUAUACGACGUGCUAAUUACUCCAGUGAUCCUGUUAUAAAGAAUUUCGAUUUGAAAGUCAGCGAUAGACCGCAACUGGUUAAUGCUAGAAUUUUGCCAGCACCCGUGGUAUUGGUUGGGCCGGGCGAUCGUGAUAUUCAGAAGCCGUCCAAAGGCGCCUGGAGGCAGAACCGAAUGAAGACUACUGCAACCAUUCGCGAAUGGAGCAUCAUCAUAGUUGAUGCUUUUUGCAAUGAUGCUAGUAUCCAAAACUUUAUAAAAUUGUUCAAGGUGAAAUGCAAACAGUACGGUAUAUCUCUAAUAGGACAAUCUCCGAAGGUCCAGAGAAAAGAAGUUUCCAAUAAACUAGCAGAUAUUUUCAAGUAUAUUACUAGCGAAGAUUUAGUAUUUGUCGUCAUUCCGGAUGACAAUAUGGUAUACUCCAGAGUGAAGACGGCCGCAGAGAUCAUGAAAGGUGUACUCACGCAGUGCAUCAAGCAGAAUACCAUGAAGAACAUGAAGGAUUCGACACUCAGCAAUAUUCUACUGAAGGUGAACGCCAAGUUGAACGGCGUUAAUCACGAUAUAAAACCGACGUAUCCGCUUCCGCCGAACACUAUGUUCAUGGGCGCAGAUGUGACCCAUCCCAGUCCGGAGAGCAACGACACGCCCAGCGUGGCUGCAGUCACCGCGUGCCACGAUAAGUCCAGUUUCAAGUAUAACAUCCGGUUCCAAAUGCAGGCGCCCGGAAGGGAGCUGAUCACUAACUUGGACGAACUGGUCAAAGACCAUCUGAUGUACUACAAGGAGUCAAAUGGCACGUUCCCGCUCAACAUCAUCUUCUACAGGGACGGCGUAUCCAAUGGUCAGUUCAAGGAUGUCCUGAAUUACGAAUUGACCGCCAUCAGGAAAGCGUACAGCGCCCUCUGCAAAACUAAGCCUUCUAUAACGUUCGUCGUGGUGCAGAAGCGUCAUCACACCAGACUGUUUCCAUCUAAUCUGAAAUCAGAAUAUAACGUGGACGUCGGUACUUGCGUGGACUCAGAGAUAACCAGUCCAAAUUGUCAGAACUUCUUUUUGGUCUCGCACACCAGCUUCCAGGGAGUGGUGAAGCCGACCAAGUACGUUACCCUUUGGGAUGACCACAAGUUCAGCAACGACCAACUCGAGUCCAUCACGUACAGUCUUUGUCACAUGUUCUCGAGGUGCACCAGAUCCGUCAGUUAUCCGGCUCCAACUUACUACGCUCACUUGGCCGCCGCCAGGGCCAAAUGCUAUGUACACAACAUCGUAUUCGAUCCUAAAGAUCUAUAUGAACAUCCAGAAAGAUAUAACGUUCAACUGCUAGAGAAGAUACGCAAGAACUUACCCAUGUAUUUCGUCUAAAUAUUAUACCUUCUAACAUUUAUAUAUACAUAUUUUGAAAUUUAUAUAUUGGACAAAG